UUAAGAAGUGGCUUGACUAUAAAAGACAAGUCAAUCUCAUGCAGUGCAUAAACUGAAAAAAACGAAAGCUGUUUAAAAAUGGCAGUUCUAGCGAAAAUCAUUUUCUUCUGUGCUCUAGUUAGCAUGGUGACUUGUCAACAAUGUAAGAGGUACUGCUAUACGAGAUGGAUGGACAGAGAUAAUCCUUCAGGAUCAGGUGAUUGGGAAAGGAUCAUACACGUAUCAAAGAAGAUACGUUGCCCCCAACCUGUUGGAAUACAAUGCCAGACAACAAGUGGACGUCCUUACAAAAGCACAGGUGAUGUUUUUGCGAUUGCUUGCGAGCCUCGUCGUGGCUUGGCAUGUAUUAAUAAUUGGCAAAAGUCAGGUAAAAAGUGUGAUGACUACAAACUGAGGUACCUUUGCCCUGAGGGAAGUAUUCAAGACACCAGAGGCAUUGUUUGUAGCGAGUUCUGUGACACAGCGUUCGUGGAUCGUGAUAAUCCGUCAGGUCACUGCGACUGUGAGGUAGUUAACGACGGACAAAAGUCUUGUCCUGGAGGAGCUACACCAGCUGGGAUAAGGUGUAACGAUAAAUGCACCGGGAGAGACUAUGCAGAGUUUAAGCAGAACAUUACCUGCAAACCGGAUUCUGGAGGGAUAUGUUGGAACAAGAACAACCCUAAAGGGUGUAGGGAUUACAAAGUGCAAUAUAUAUGCCCGAAAUAUACCGUGCCAACUUGCAACAAUGAGGCUGAGCAACUCACAGUGCAGGACGAAGAGUUAAUCCCAGAGGUUGAGAAUUAUCAAACGGGUGAUUAUGAUCCUAAAGUGGUGUCAAAUGACGAAGAAGUUGGCCAAGAAUCGCCUGAGGGGAAAUCCCUGGUGGAGGAAAUGCUUAUGCAGGAGUUGCUGCACACUCUUACUCAAUAGGAACGAAAUAGUGAUAAUUAUAGAGUGUGAGACUAAAACAUACGUGUGACAGCUAGAAAAUUGAACUGGGAACACCAUGUACUAUUAAACAAACUUAAUGUUACAAUUUAUAUUACACAUAAUUAUACAAAAUUAAUGGUGCAACAUGUAUAAA